AGACGUGUUCUCCGAUCGAUUUCCGGCUUCCCCGCCAAGAGCAGAGACCCUGGAAAGAAGUGGGCUGCCUUCCUGUCGGGCCAGCUGUCAGUCAUUUCCACCCCUGUGUGUCACAUGCCCCGGCCUCAUCAAGAGCAGCGGUGAGGAGAUGACUCUGUGGAGAUGAGCUCUUAAUUAAUGCACUGAGAGAACACGAGUCCCACCUCUCAACAGGGAUGACUGACAGCUAAGGAUUCAUAAAUUACACUAAUUGAGCUCCGCAACUUGACGGCCUUUCCGCAGCCAGCUCGUCAGAGAAGCCAGGACCGGGCCACGAGGAAUCACUUCAGACAGAAGUAGCCCUCAGGAGCAGACAUAAAGCCAACCUGAAGGAAAUGCCCACCAGCAUCUGAUUCACCUCCGGUUUCCAGCUCCUCCCCAGCCGAGGCAGAGAAGCGAGAUCUCAGUGGCUUCGAGGUAGAGAUCUCCGACGACGUCCGAAGGGACGAAGAACAGCGGCGGUGAGCCCCGCUGAGCCCCGGGGGGAAUGAAGGAUGGAUGUGAAGGAGCGCCGGCCCUACUGCUCCCUGACCAAGGGCAGGAGGGACAAGGAGCGGCGAGGCGCCAACCCGGCCGGCGAGCGGGACGAAGGCUGCCGCGUGCCCACCCAGAAGUCCUACAGCUCCAGCGAGACGCUCAAGGCCUUCGACCAUGACUCUUCCCGCCUCCUCUACGGCAGCCGGGUGAAGGACCUCGUCCACCGCGAGGCCGACGAGUUUCCGCGCCAAGGACAGAAUUUUACCCUCCGGCAGUUGGGGGUGUGCGAGCCGGCGGCGAGGCGAGGCCUGGCGUUCUGCGCGGAGAUGGGGCUGCCCCCCCGAGGCUACUCUCUGAGCGCGGGCUCGGACGCGGACACGGAGAACGAAGGCGUCAUGUCCCCGGAGCACGCCAUGCGGCUGUGGGGCAGGGGGGUCAAGUCGGGCCGCAACUCCUGCCUCUCCAGCCGCUCCAACUCGGCCCUCACCCUGACCGACACCGAGCACGAGAACAAAUCCGACAGCGAGAACGAGCAACCUGCCAACAAUCAAAGCCAGGCCACCCUGCAGCCGCCGCCGCCUCCCCCGCCGCCCCCGCCGCCGCCCCCUCACAAGCAUCAUCCGCCCUCCGUCACCUCCCUGAACCGCAACUCGCUGACCAACCGCAGGAACCAGAGUCCGGCCCCGCCGGCUGCCCUGCCCGCCGAGCUGCAAACCACGCCUGAGUCCGUCCAGCUGCAGGACAGCUGGGUCCUUGGCAGUAAUGUGCCACUGGAAAGCAGGCAUUUCCUCUUCAAGACGGGAACGGGGACAACGCCGCUGUUCAGUACCGCGACCCCGGGGUACACGAUGGCGUCGGGGUCCGUCUACUCCCCUCCGACCAGGCCCCUGCCUCGGAACACGCUGUCCCGGAGCGCUUUCAAGUUCAAGAAGUCGUCCAAGUACUGCAGCUGGAAAUGCACGGCGCUCUGCGCGGUGGGAAUUGCCGUGCUCCUGGCCAUCCUCCUCUCCUACUUCAUAGCCAUGCAUCUGUUUGGCCUCAACUGGCAGCUGCAGCAGACGGAGAACGACGCGUUCGAAAAUGGAAAGGUGAACUUGGACGCCGCCCCCACCAACGCCGUGUCCCCGUCACCCGGAGACAGCGGGAAACUAGGGGGCUCCGCCCAGGAAAACAACAGCCUAGACUCCGGAGAACUGGACAUUGGCCGGAGAGCGGUUCAAGAGGUGCCCCCGGGGAUCUUCUGGAGGGCCCAGCUUUCCCUUGAGCAGCCCCAGUUCUUGAAGUUCAAUAUCUCCCUCCAGAAGGACGCACUGAUCGGCGUGUAUGGUCGCAAGGGGCUGCCGCCCUCCCACACCCAGUACGACUUCGUGGAGCUCCUGGACGGCAGCCGGCUGAUCUCCAGGGAGCAGCGGAACCUGGCGGAGCCGGGCCGUCCGGGCCGCCAGGCGCGGUCCGUCAGCGUCCACGAGGCCGGCUUCAUCCAGUACCUGGAUGCCGGCACCUGGCACCUGGCUUUCUACAAUGACGGCAAGCACCCCGAGCUGGUGGCCUUCAACACCAUCGUCAUCGAGUCCGUGGUCGAGUGUCCGCGCAACUGCCACGGCAACGGCGAGUGCGUCUCCGGGACCUGCCACUGUUUCCCGGGAUUCCUGGGUCCGGACUGCUCUAGAGCGGCCUGCCCGGUGCUGUGCAGCGGGAACGGCCAGUACUCGCGGGGACGCUGCCUCUGCUUCAGCGGCUGGAAGGGGACGGAGUGCGACGUGCCCGGCUCCCAGUGCACGGACCCCCAGUGCGGGGGCCGCGGCGUCUGCAUCAUGGGCUCCUGCGCCUGCAACGCGGGCUACAAGGGCGACACGUGCGAGGAAGCGGACUGCCUGGACCCCAGCUGCUCGGGCCACGGCGUGUGCAUCCACGGCGAGUGCCACUGCAACCCCGGCUGGGGCGGGGGCAACUGCGAGAUCCUCAGGACCCUGUGUCCGGACCAGUGCUCCGGCCACGGCACCUACAACCAGGACAGCGGCACCUGCACCUGCGACCCCAACUGGACCGGCCCCGACUGCUCGAGCGAGAUCUGCCCGGUGGACUGCGGCCCUCACGGGGUGUGCAUGGGGGGUGCCUGUCGCUGCGAAGAGGGCUGGACCGGGCCGGGCUGCAGCCAGCGAGCCUGCCACCCCCGCUGCGCCGAGCACGGGACGUGCAAGGACGGAAAAUGCCAGUGCAAUCAGGGCUGGAACGGAGAGCACUGUACCAUCGCUCACUAUUUGGAUAAGAUAGUGAAAGACAAGAUAGGAUAUAAAGAGGGCUGCCCGGGCCUGUGCAACAGCAACGGGAGGUGCACGCUGGACCAGAACGGCUGGCACUGCGUCUGCCAGCCUGGAUGGCGCGGGGCGGGCUGCGACGUCGCCAUGGAGACGCAGUGCACGGACGGCAAGGAUAACGAAGGAGACGGGCUGGUGGACUGUAUGGACCCCGACUGCUGCUUGCAGAGCUCCUGCCAGAACCAGCCGUACUGCCGGGGGCUACCGGACCCCCAGGAUGUCAUCAGCCAGAGCCAGCAGGCCCCACCCCAGCAGGCCGCCAAAUCCUUCUUUGACCGCAUCAGCUUCCUGACGGGGCCGGAGAGCACCCACGUCAUUCCCGGGGACACCCCCUUCAACAGGAGCCUGGCGUCGGUCAUCAGAGGCCAGGUGCUCACCGCCGACGGGACGCCCCUGAUCGGAGUCAACGUCUCCUUCUUCCACUACCCGGAGUACGGCUAUACCAUCACUCGCCAGGACGGGAUGUUUGACCUGGUGGCCAACGGCGGCGCGUCCCUGACGCUGGUCUUCGAGCGCGCCCCGUUCCUCACGCAGUACCACACGGUGUGGAUCCCGUGGAACGUCUUCUACGUCAUGGACACGCUGGUCAUGAAGAAAGAGGAGAACGACAUUCCCAGCUGCGACCUGAGCGGAUUCGUCCGGCCGAACCCCAUCAUCGUCGCGUCCCCGCUGUCCACCUUCUUCCGCUCCUCCCCCGAGGACAGCCCCAUCAUCCCCGAGACCCAGGUGCUCCACGAGGAGACGGCCAUCCCCGGGACGGACCUGAAACUCUCCUACCUGAGCUCCCGGGCGGCCGGCUACAAGUCGGUGCUGAAGAUCGCCAUGACGCAGGCGGCCAUCCCGUUCAACCUCAUGAAGGUCCACCUCAUGGUGGCCGUGGUGGGGCGGCUCUUCCAGAAAUGGUUCCCGGCCUCCCCCAAUCUGGCCUACACCUUCAUCUGGGACAAGACGGACGCCUACAACCAGAAGGUCUACGGCCUCUCGGAGGCCGUGGUGUCCGUGGGUUACGAGUACGAAUCCUGCCUGGACCUGACUCUGUGGGAGAAGCGGACGGCCGUCCUGCAGGGCUACGAGCUGGACGCCUCCAACAUGGGGGGCUGGACGCUGGACAAGCACCACGUCCUGGACGUCCAGAACGGGAUCCUGUAUAAAGGCAACGGGGAGAACCAGUUCAUCUGUCAGCAGCCACCGGUGGUCAGCAGCAUCAUGGGCAACGGGAGGCGACGGAGCAUCUCCUGCCCCAGCUGCAACGGCCAGGCGGACGGCAACAAGCUGCUGGCCCCCGUGGCCCUGGCCUGCGGAGUGGACGGCAGCCUCUACGUGGGCGACUUCAACUACAUCCGCCGCAUCUUCCCCUCUGGAAAUGUCACCAGCGUCCUGGAGCUCAGAAAUAAGGAUUUUAGACAUAGCAGCAACCCGGCCCACAGAUACUACCUGGCCAUCGACCCGGUGACCGGAGACCUCUACGUGUCCGACACCAACACCCGCCGGAUCUACCGGCCGCGCUCGCUCACCGGAGCCAAGGACCUAACCAAGAACGCCGACGUGGUGGCGGGAACCGGGGAGCAGUGCCUGCCGUUCGACGAGGCCAGGUGCGGCGACGGCGGCAAGGCCGUCGAGGCCACCCUCAUGAGUCCCAAAGGGAUGGCGAUCGACAAGAGCGGGCUGAUCUACUUCGUGGACGGGACCAUGAUCAGGAAAGUGGAUCAGAACGGAAUCAUCUCCACGCUCCUGGGCUCCAACGACUUGACUUCCGCCCGACCUCUGACCUGCGACACCAGCAUGCACAUCAGUCAGGUGCGCCUGGAGUGGCCCACGGACCUGGCCAUCAACCCGAUGGACAACUCCAUCUACGUGCUGGACAACAACGUGGUCCUGCAGAUCACGGAGAACCGGCAGGUGCGGGUGGCGGCCGGCCGGCCCAUGCACUGCCAGGUCCCCGGCGUGGAGUACUCGGCCGGCAAGCUGGCCGUCCAGACCACGCUGGAGUCGGCCACGGCCAUCGCCGUCUCCUACAGCGGCGUCCUCUACAUCACGGAGACGGACGAGAAGAAGGUCAACCGCAUCCGGCAGGUGACCACCGACGGGGAGAUCUCCCUGGUGGCCGGCGUCCCCUCCGACUGCGACUGCAAGAACGACGUCAACUGCGACUGCUACCAGGCGGGCGACGGCUACGCCAAGGACGCCAAGCUGAGCGGCCCCUCGUCGCUGGCCGCCUCCCCCGACGGCACGCUCUACGUGGCCGACCUGGGCAACAUCCGCAUCCGCGCCGUGGCCCGCAACCGGCCCCUGCUGAGCGCCCUGAACGUCUACGAGGUGGCCUCGCCCGCCGACCAGGAGCUGUACAUCUUCGACGUCAACGGCACGCACCAGUACACCCUGAGCCUGGUGACGGGCGACUACCUCUACAACUUCAGCUACAGCAACGAGGACGACGUGACGGCCGUGACCGACAGCAGCGGCAACACGCUCCGCAUCCGCCGCGACCCCAACCGCCUGCCCGUUCGCGUGGUCUCCCCGGACAAUCAGGUCAUCUGGCUGACCAUCGGCACCAACGGCGGCCUGAAGAGCCUGACCGCCCAGGGCCUGGAAUUGGUGCUUUUCACUUACCACGGCAACAGCGGGCUCCUGGCCACCAAGAGCGACGAGACCGGCUGGACCACUUUCUUCGACUACGACAGCGAAGGCCGCCUGACCAACGUCACCUUCCCCACGGGCGUGGUGACCAACCUCCACGGGGACAUGGACCGGGCCAUCACGGUGGACAUCGAGUCGUCCAGCAGAGAAGAGGACAUCAGCAUCACCUCCAACCUGUCCUCCAUCGACUCCUUCUACACCAUGGUCCAAGACCAGCUGCAGAACAACUACCAGAUCGGCUACGACGGGUCGCUGCGGAUCCUGUACGCCAGCGGCCUGGACUCCCACUACCAGACGGAGCCGCACGUCCUGGCCGGCACGGCCAACCCCACGGUGGCCCGGAGGAACAUGACGCUGCCCGGUGACAACGGCCAGAACCUGGUGGAGUGGCGCUUCCGCAAGGAGCAGGCCCAGGGGAAGGUCAACGUCUUCGGUCGCAAGCUCAGGGUGAACGGCAGGAACCUCCUCUCCGUGGACUUCGACCGCACCUCGAAGACGGAGAAGAUCUACGACGACCACCGGAAAUUCCUGCUGCGGAUCGCGUACGACCCGUCGGGGCACCCCACCCUCUGGCUCCCCAGCAGCAAGCUCAUGGCGGUCAACGUGACCUACUCCUCCACGGGCCAGAUCGCCGGCGUCCAGCGCGGAACCACCAGCGAGAAAGUGGACUACGACGGGCAGGGGCGGAUCGUGUCCCGCGGCUUCGCGGACGGAAAGACGUGGAGCUACACGUACCUAGAGAAGUCCAUGGUGUUGCUGCUGCACAGCCAGCGCCAGUACAUCUUCGAGUACGACGCGCUGGACCGCCUGGCAGCGGUGACCAUGCCCAGCGUGGCCCGCCACACCAUGCAGACCAUCCGCUCGGUGGGCUACUACCGCAACAUCUACACGCCGCCGGAGAGCAACGCCUCGGUGGUGACGGACUUCACGGAGGAGGGCCUGCCGCUGCAGACGGCCUUCCUGGGCACCAGCCGGCGGGUCCUGUACCGCUACAGGCGGCAGACGCGGCUGGCCGAGGUGCUCUACGACAGCACGCGGGUCAGCUUCACCUACGACGAGGCGGCGGGCGUGCUGAAGACGGUGAACCUGCAGAGCGAGGGCUUCAUCUGCACGCUGCGCUACCGGCAGGUGGGCCCGCUGGUCGACCGGCAGAUCUACCGCUUCAGCGAGGACGGGCUGGUCAACGCCCGCUUCGACUACAGCUACGACAACAGCUUCCGCGUGACCAGCACGCAGGGGGUCAUCAACGAGACGCCGCUGCCCAUCGACCUGUACCAGUUCGACGACAUCUCGGGCAAGGUGGAGCAGUUCGGCAAGUUCGGCGUCAUCUACUACGACAUCAACCAGAUCAUCUCCACGGCCGUCAUGACCUACACCAAGCACUUCGACGCCCACGGGCGCAUCAAGGAGAUCCAGUACGAGAUCUUCCGCUCGCUCAUGUACUGGAUCACCGUCCAGUACGACGGCAUGGGGCGGGUGACCCGGCGGGAGAUCAAGAUCGGGCCCUUCGCCAACACGACCAAGUACGCCUACGAGUACGACGUGGACGGCCAGCUGCAGACGGUCUACCUGAACGAGAAGAUCGCCUGGCGCUACAACUACGACCUCAACGGCAACCUCCACCUGCUCAACCCGGGCAACAGCGCCCGCCUGACCCCGCUGCGCUACGACCUGCGGGACCGCAUCACGCGGCUGGGCGACGUCCAGUACCGGCUGGACGAGGACGGCUUCCUGCGCCAGCGCGGGGCCGAGAUCUUCGAGUACGGCUCCAAGGGCCUGCUGGCCCGCGUCUACAGCAAGGGCAGCGGCUGGACCGUGGUCUACCGCUACGACGGGCUCGGCCGCCGCGUGUCCAGCCGGACCAGCCUGGGCCAGCACCUGCAGUUCUUCUACGCCGACCUCACCUACCCGACGCGGGUCACCCACGUCUAUAACCACUCCAGCUCCGAGAUCACCUCCCUCUACUACGACCUGCAGGGCCACCUCUUCGCCAUGGAGAUCAGCAGCGGCGACGAGUUCUACGUCGCCUGCGACAACACGGGCACCCCGCUGGCCGUCUUCAGCAGCAACGGGCUCCUGCUCAAGCAGGUCCAGUACACGGCCUACGGCGAGGUCUACUUCGACUCCAACCCGGACUUCCAGCUGGUCGUCGGCUUCCACGGCGGCCUCUACGACCCGCUCACCAAGCUGGUCCACUUCGGCCAGAGGGACUACGACAUCCUGGCCGGCCGCUGGACCGCGCCCGACGUGGAGCUCUGGAAGAGGAUCGGCCGCGACCCGGCCCCCUUCAACCUCUACAUGUUCCGCAACAACAACCCCGCCAGCAAGAUCCACGACGUCAGGGACUACAUCACCGAUGUCAACAGCUGGCUGGUGACCUUUGGCUUCCACCUGCACAAUGCCAUCCCUGGCUACCCCGUGCCCAAGUUCGACCUGACGGAGCCUUCCUACGAGCUGGUGAAGAGUCAGCAGUGGGACGACGUCCCGCCCAUCUUCGGGGUCCAGCAGCAGGUGGCCCGCCAGGCCAAGGCCUUCCUGUCCCUGGGCAAGAUGGCAGAGGUGCGGCCCAGCCGGCGGCGCCUGGGCGGCGAGAAGUCGUGGCUGUGGUUCGCCACGGUCAAGUCCCUGAUCGGCAAGGGGGUCAUGCUGGCCGUCAGCCGCGGCCGGGUGCUGACCAACGUCCUCAACAUCGCCAACGAGGACUGCAUCAAGGUGGCCGCGGUGCUCAACAACGCUUACUACCUGGAGAACCUGCACUUCGCCAUCGAGGGCAAGGACACGCACUACUUCAUCAAGACGGCCUCGCCCGAGACCGACCUGGGCACCCUGCGCCUGACCAGCGGGCGCAAGGCCCUGGAGAACGGCAUCAACGUGACGGUGUCCCAGUCGACCACGGUGGUCAACGGGCGCACGCGCCGCUUCGCCGACGUGGAGAUGCAGUACGGGGCCCUGGCCCUGCACGUCCGCUACGGGAUGACCCUGGACGAGGAGAAGGCCCGCAUCCUGGAGCAGGCCCGCCAGCGGGCCCUGGCCCGCGCCUGGGCCCGCGAGCAGCAGCGGGUCCGCGACGGGGAGGAGGGGGCUCGCCUCUGGACCGAGGGCGAGAAGCGCCAGCUGCUGAGCGCCGGCAAGGUGCAGGGCUACGACGGCUACUACGUGCUGUCCGUGGAGCAGUACCCCGAGCUGGCCGACAGCGCCAACAACAUCCAGUUCCUCCGACAAAGCGAGAUCGGCAAGAGGUAACAGGCGGCCGCCGACCCUCGGCCCCGACGGUCCCCGGGGAAGACGACCCCCCCCCCCCCCCAGCCCCUCCGGACCCCCCAA